ACUAUCAGCGAUUGCGAUUGCCCAUUAGCGACGCUGCAUUUCGGCUGCAACAGAUUGUUUCGGGAAGCUGCGUGGCCGGUUGUCCAUCGUCGUGCCCAACCCUCCAACGAGUUGUUUCACCCGUUGCCUGUCGACACGACAAAACAGGACCCCAAGGGCGGAUUCCCACUCCUGUUGACACGCUUACUCGCCGCGUAAUUAGGGUGCAUUUCGCAUUGGGCAUUUCGCAUUUCGUCGUCAACAUAACCGCCGAGAGCAUAUCAGAUGGCGGCCGAGAUAAAGCCAGCGCCGAGAAGUGCGAACGACCGCUUCAGCACCACCAAAAAGCCCGAACUGCUCAGCAAACUCGAAGGCUGCAAUGAUGACGUGAACGCGGCGCUGCUUAUUCCGGGUGAAGACGGUGUUAUCAGUGUUUGUGAUGGCAAAACGAUACGAGUUUGGCAGAAGCGCGACUCGGGUCAAUACUGGCCCUCGAUCUGCCAGUACAUGCCGUCCGGCUGUACCUCGCUCUGCUACACACCGGAAACGCGCACGCUAUUUAUUGGGCAAGAGAAUGGGACCAUCUCGCAGUUUACGCUGUCCGACGAUUGCAACCGGUUAACGCCGAUCCGGGAGUACUUGGCCCACCAGGCGCGCAUCACGAAUGUCACAUUCGCCAAGCACACCGGCUGGAUCCUGUCCGCCGGCAGGGAUAAGUUCUUCGCUUAUCACAGCACCGAGACAGGGGAACGGAUCGGCUGCUACACGUUCGAGGCGAUGUGUACCGCUAUGCAGUAUGAUGCCUUAUCGAAGUACGUGUUCGUCGGGGACUACAGUGGGCAAAUAACGAUGCUCAAACUGAGUGGUACUGGUGCAACGAUGGUAACGACGAUGAAAGGCCACUCGGGCUCGGUGCGUUCGUUGUACUGGGCCGAAGGACCACAGCUGUUGUUCAGCGGUUCGCAGGAUCAAUCGGUCAUUGUUUGGGAUGUUGGUGGCAAGCGCGGCACGACCUAUGAGCUGCACGGACACAACAACAAGGUUUCGGCACUUUCGUACGGUUCGAACACCCAGCAGCUUAUAUCGGCUGGCGAAGACUCGGUGAUCGUGUUCUGGGAGAUGAACGCAAUGCGCAAGGUAACACCGGACUGGGUCGAAUCCGACACCUGCCAGCUGUGUACGCGGGCGUUCUUCUGGAAUUUGCGAGCCAUGAUCGACCAGAAACAGAUCGGUAUUCGGCAGCACCAUUGCCGUUACUGCGGCAAAGCAGUGUGCGACAAGUGUUCAACCAACCGGAUUAACAUACCGAUCAUGGGGUUCGAGUUUGACGUGCGCGUUUGCGAGCACUGUCAUCAGCGGUUGAAGAGCGAAGAGCGACCCUCGUUGGCAACAUUCCACGAUGCCAAACACAGUAUCGUUGCCAUGGAUCUGGACGAACCGCGGAAAAGAUUGCUCACCGUUGGCCAAGAUCGUAUAAUCAAAAUCUGGGACCUGUCCUCCAUCUGGGGUUAGUAGUGACGGAACAGCCGCAACUGGAAUGCAUGGCGUAAGGUAAACCCGUAAACCGUAAGUGUAAAACCAAAACAAAAAGGAAAGAAGGAUCUACGGAACCCGUGGUGGCUAGACCGAUAGACCGACAGGCGAUAGAAACCAACAUGAAAAUGCGUAAGGCGGCCGGGUUGGGGUCCCUUAGCUAGAGAGUUACUUGUAACACCACUGAUUGUUAUUCGGGCGAUUCACUCUCCUUAUUCCUCCAUCAUCACACAACACAGAAAAAUGUUCUGCAAUCUUUUCUUGCAGCUCCCUUUUCUUUGACGAUACCGUCUUUCCGAUCUACAUGUACCGGUGUUGUCGAUCACCACCCCAAGCCAAAUCGCAUUCGAAAUAUCCCGGAGGCCAAAUCGCAAAAAUACACUCUCUGAUACCACGCGAGAGGAUUAAUGUGCAGAAGAUUUAGGUUUCGUCCCAUUUCGUUGAAUAGUACCUAAGGGCUACUGAAGGGACACGAAAGUCCGAGGCCUAAUCGCGGUGUCUACGCUUUGCGUUUUUGGUAGACCAAUCGACGCAAACAAUUCGAGUUGACGACUUGAGACGCCGCUUCAGAGGGGAAUUAGAUCUGUGCUUCAAAAAAAAAACUAACAAACGAAUCACUGUUGUCGGUGCUUUUAAUGUUUCCCUGUAUUCUCAGCGCCUUAAUUUCGGUUCAUUGUUCCGUGCGGCAACUUUGUUGACAGAGAAGAAAAAAACAAUGUCUGCGGCAAAAGCAACGAUCAAAAUUCCAUGCCACAGAGCGAAACUACGAAGAAACACUUUGCAUCUUCGAGACUAAAAGAAGUAAAAUCAUUCAAAAAAUGAAUAGCAUUAGCGUGUCGGGAACGGCGAACAGAUAAGCUAAGAGAAUGAGAGAGAGGAGCGAUAUGAAAAUUGUAAAUUGUAAUCAUAAAAAUAGUUCACCGUGGGGGAAAGAUAUAUUGUUAAAUUUAAUAAUACAA